GCUGAAAUGAAGAGCUCAGAGCUGCAGAUGAUAGAGAGAAGCGACCUAAGUUCAUGUCGACAAGGACAGUUGACAAUGGAAGUCAUAUGAUAUUAGGGUUAUUAAAGGAACAAACAGUGAAACAGGUGGCUUCACUCGGCACCGUAUCUUGCCCCAUACCACACACCAUUCCCAUCCGUAUAAUUCAAUUCCGCCGACCUCUUCCCAAGCGCUGCCUCUCUAUUUCCACCCUUUCUUUCUUCAUUCCUCUCUCUAUAUAUACUUAGCUUAGCCGACGUCCAAUUUCCAAGCAAAACAAGAAACAAAGCCAAUGGGAAGGCCACCCUGCUGCCAAACAAUCAGUGUCAAAAAGGGCCCUUGGACUCCCGAGGAAGAUAUCAUCUUGGUUUCUUACAUUCAUCAACAUGGCCCUGGAAAUUGGAGAUCCGUUCCCAAUAACACAGGGUUGUUGAGAUGUAGCAAGAGUUGUAGAUUGCGGUGGACGAAUUAUUUACGGCCCGGGAUCAAACGCGGGCAGUUCAGUGAUCAUGAGGAGAAGAUGAUUAUCCAUCUCCAAGCCCUGUUAGGCAACAGAUGGGCAGCCAUAGCCUCGUAUCUCCCACGAAGAACAGAUAACGAUAUCAAGAAUUAUUGGAAUACCCAUUUGAAAAAGAAGCUGAAAGUGUAUGAAAAUGGGUUGUCAAAGGGUCAAUGGGAAAGAAGGGUUCAAACAGACAUUCAAACGGCCAAACAAGCAUUGACAGAAGCUAUAUCGCUUACAAAACAAACUCAUAAUUCUGAAUCCAAUACCUCUUCUUGUUCUUCAUACGCAUUAAGUGCUGAAAACAUUGCCCGAUUGCUCAAAAAUUGGACAAAAAAUUCAACGAGAACCAACUCAGAAUCAACAACCACCCAGAAUUGUGUGUCGGUGGACGAAAGUUCCAAGCUUGAAACUGAUCUUGAAAGCGUGGGGGGACUGCCACUCACUUUGCUGGAGACAUGGCUGUUUGAUGAUGGUGCGCCUCAAAAUCAUCAACAUCUUAUCAACUUCUCAUUGCAAGACGGUCACCAAGGGUUGUUCUAAUCUAUAAUCCUCCAAGUUCUUGCUUUCCCUCUACAUUUUUAGUUUAUAUUACCAAAAUUCACCAAUUGUAAAUCUACCAACAAACCAUUUACCUUCAAUAUUAUUUCGCUGAAA